AUGGCCACGUCCACGUCCACGUCUACGUCCACCUCGACCCCUCACCAGCUGCUUCUCCUGGCCGAUCACCUCAAACUGUCGCUCCUCGAACGUCAACGCGCCCAAUCCCUCAACUUACCAUCCAGCAGCCAAAAAGACGCACAAAUCACCCGUUCCCUCACCAACUUCGCCGAAUCCCUCGCCGCCCUUGAGACACAAGACGAACCAUCUUCAGACCUGCCUCGCCUACGCAAACAAUACCAUCAACUCUACGCCCAAUUCCACGGCACAGCUCCUCCCAGCGACGAUGCGACACACCCCAACGACCCCGCUCUUGCUCCAGAUUUCGCGGCCGCACAACGGAAACCUUCCAACAAAUCGACGACGGGCAAGAAUGUGAGAUUUCGUGAUGAUCCCUCUGCCGAAGAGGAAGAUGCCAAUCGCGCUGCUCUCUUUUCUUCCACAUCUUCAUCACAACAACAGCAGCCGUAUACCGACGAGCCCAUGUCUGCGCAGCAGGAAGAACAAGGAUUGGACAAUCAGCAAAUACACGCCUAUCAUUCUCGUGUCUUGAGGGAGCAGGAUGAGCAGUUGGAUGUGCUGGGACAGUCGGUGGGAAGGCAGAGGUUGCUGGGAAUUCAAAUGGGAGAUGAGUUGGAUGAGCAAAAUGAGAUGUUGGGGGAUGUGGAGAGGGGAGUGGAUCGGCAUAGUGGGACGUUGGAUGCUGCACAGAGGAGGCUGGGCAAGAUUGCGAGGAAAGGUCGAGAUGGGUGGAACAGUUGGAUCACCAUUGCCAUUCUGGUGGUGGUGUUGGUAUUGCUAAUUGCGGUGUUGAAAUGA